CAGCAGAUCCAAACUCACAAUAUAGAAAACGAGAAAGAACCCUUUAAUAAAUUUCUGAACGGAUAGGCUAGCCUGCUCUGCUAGUCUCUCUCUCUCUCUUCUCUUCCUCACCAUGGAUACUCUGCUACAACUCCACUCCUCCGUAGCUUUUCUUACUCCAAAUCAUCUCAAUCGAAUUGGGUCUUCUGGGAAUCAAACCUUCCGCUUCCUAUUUCUCUCAAACGGGUUUUCUUCUUCUUCUUCUUCACUCUCUCCCAACUCAAGCCAGAGGGUAUCUGUGAUUGUUGGAGCCAAGAAGAACAGAAAAGAAGAUACUCAUCAUUUUGCACCUAAACCAGAUGAAGCUACUGGCCCAUUUCCUGAAUCUGUCUUAUUCAAAGAGAAGAAAGUUGAAAAAGAUGGUAAAUUAGUUCCUGAGUUUGCUGAUGCAGAAGAAGAGAAGAUAUAUGAAGUUCUGAAGCUUCAGCUGGAAAAUGAUCUUCAAGAAGAACAAAGAUUGCGCCACUAUGAAGUCGUAUAUCUAAUUCAUGAGAAGCACGCAGAAGAGGUUGAGAGUGUCAAUGCAAAAGUAAAUGAUUUUUUAAGAGAGAAGAGAGGCACGAUAUGGAGAAUAAGCGAUUGGGGUAUGCGUAGACUAGCAUACAAGAUACAGAAAGCAAAGAAUGCCCAUUAUAUUUUGAUGAACUUCGAGAUGGAUGCCAAAUGGAUUAACGAUUUCAAGAGUAUGUUGGACAAAGACGAAAGAGUCAUUAGGCAUCUCGUGAUCAAGAGGGAUGAGGCGAUCACUGAGGAUUGCCCCCCUCCUCCCGAGUUUCACUCUUUGCGGUCUGGUAUGGACGAAGAUGAUGAUGAAGAUUUAGAAAUUGAUGUUGAAGAAUAUGAUGAAGAUUGGGAUGCUGAAGGUGAGUUCGAAGAUGACGAUGGGAUUAUUGUUGUCAGUGAUGAAGAUGAAGAAGACAGGACUAGCAAAUCCGAUGCUAAAUCCAAAACUAGCAAACUAAAAGCUGAGAAAGUAGCUAGAUAGAUAGUUUCUUGGUUUUUCCUUUGUGCCUUGUUUAUGCUGUCAUGAGAGUUUUAUAGGGGAAGUUCUAUAUAGUAGAUGGUAGCAUAUUUUGUCUAAUAUUGGGUAAAGGGAAACAGCCUAUACAAAGCAGAGUUGUAUUUGGUAGUUGAUUAUCAUUAUUCAAUCUAGUUAUCAUCUAGAGAAUCAUGAAAAAUAGUUAAAAGACUAGAUGUUGUUUGAUUUAAGGUUCAACUAUAGUUCAAGUAAAAUCAAGUGGCAUCAAACUUGAGAUGAAUGAUAUACUCUAAAAAUAAGAGCCAUGUAAAUCAUCUCAUCAUCAUGUUUCACUAAAUUUAUAUUGUUUUCUCUAAA